GCUCUACCUCGGCGUUGUGGUCGAUCAAAGAUAGGAACUCGCUCAACGCUCUUGGAUGUACGUGAUUGCGGUGCAGAGCUGAGACUCUGGCUUCGCUGGGAUCGCCUCGUGCUUGUUGACCUCAAAGACGGGGUUCUUGCAGUGUUGGACUUGUUGGACUUGAUCGACGAUCGACGUUCGGGCACAAUGGCAACCGCAAUCGCGCCCGCUUUCCAGGCCUCUCGCCGAGCUUUGUGACUCGAAAUUGAGCUCAAAGUAGCCAUAGACGCAUGGCUAUCUCGCCCAGUGUCUCCUAGUCUCGAAGCUGGCAGAGGUCCCCUACGUGGUUCUUCCACGGCUGCCGACGUAGAUGUAGGCGCUGAACUGGCAGGUGAAAGCUCGGAGCUGGAGUCGCGCAAGUCAAUCUGCUUCUUCAUGUGUCGUAGCGUCUUCCGCCGCCGAGGGGCUGCAUCGGGGUGGUCGACCACAGUGGAAGUUGUCGACCUAUUGGACAUGAUGGAGGAGCGCUUCGCGUCAGAGCCUAUCGAAGAUUCGGACAUGGACGGCGGUCCGCGAUUCGGCACCCGAUCUGAGACGACUCUGCGUGCAGGAUAGGUCGUCGGGCUGUCCUGUAGCGAUACAGAGCGCAGCGCUUUGGUGGCGUUUGUUGCAGACACAGUCGAGUCCUCAAGGACCUCGUUGUUGUUGUGAUCCUCCCUUUUUUGCGCUGAUACCUUUCGCUUUCUUAUCGACACAUUCCUCAUGCGAGUUGCGUUCCAUUCCUCUGCCACCUCACCAUUCUCGCAUGUCCACCCUCCAUCAAAUUUCUCAAAUUCCCUGGUUUUAUUUGGAGCCUCGGCUUCCUUCUCACCCGACUCGAGCCCAAGCCCCAAGCCCACGGGCUGAACCUUCUCUUUCCCAUCCGCCUUCAACUGCCUGACAGUGCUCCGAGAUGUCUGGGCUGAUGAUAGCGCCGGUCUCAGGAGCGAUGACCUGCCGUCCUCCUCAUCAGGAGACGUCAGAGGAACCUCUGGCGCGGUUCUAUACGACUGGAAGCUCGACUCGGUGGUGAUUUUCGACUGGAGUCGAUCAUAAAGCGGAGGUCGUGCCCUGAGCUGAGACUCAGCCGGACCUGGGGGUGUUAUUUCGGGCGUGAGAGGUGUCUGUGGAUUAGGAGGGGUAGCUGGAGACUGCGGCUGGACCGUCUCUAUGCUUUGCGCCGGGCUUUCAGCGUCAUCCGGCUCGUCGCUGGAUGGGUCAACGGGAUGACUCGUUGAUGAGGUUCGUGAAUGCGCUGGUGGCGUUGGUGGCGGUUCAGGACCCCUUCCUCGUCGCUGUCUUGCGGAGGUUCGGUCUCGACAUGCUUUUCUGGCCCGGAACGCGAUCGCGACCGUUGAACUUGCAAGUCUGUUACUCCCACAACGGCCUCUUUGCGUGGGUGUGGCAGAACCUUGUGCCUCUUGAACAUGCGCGGCUGGUUUUUGAGGCGGUCCGCUUCCAAGCCAAAAGCCUGGUCAACCUGGGACAAACCCAUAACGGGGAGCGCAGGUCCCCGGCCGUCUACCGUCAUCGGAGAAGAAAGGCGGCUUGUCCGGCGAUGGUCUGGAGGGGUGAACGAGUUGUUGGAAGAAAAGAGUCAAAGGAGAGAGAUUGGCAUCAUGUUUGA